GCCGCGAAUUCAUUGUUUCGGAAACUGCUGUCAAAAUUAACAGUGUAAUGUUGUGUUCUUAGAGUAUUCAAAAAAUGCCUCACAAUGAUGGGGAGGAAAAACGCCCAAAAAAAUCGGUCGUAUAUAAAAAUGAUGGAACAUUGCCGACGGCAAGUGAUAGACGACCGACACGUGUAGUAAUUUCGAAAUCUCGCUACAAACUAUAUGAGCCCCCGCAGAGAUCUACCUUUUCAGUGUGCUUGGACAAUAUCAAGCGGGAACGACAGUCAAUCUUCUUGGCCCGCAAACCAUCAACAAGUGGCAGUAUAUCUCGUCGAAGUCCGGAUCCAAGCGUGGAUGACUUUCGAAAACGGAUACAAAGCAUAUCCUUUGCUAAUCCUUCAAGUUCGACGGGUCUGACGGAGAAGAAGAGACUUUACUUCAAAGAUGCACUGCUUGAAUAUCAACGAAGACGCACCAUAAUUCCCAGACGAAUAAAAAUUAUUAAAGUUUAUGCUCCCCAAAACUGGGAAGAAGCCUUUGAAGAAUCAGUAAAGAAAUAUAAACCCGCGGUUGAAAUCGAGAAUCCCUGGCGACAGCCACGGCUACUGUGGUUGCAAGAGAUAGAGAAAGAACCGCUUAAACUUCCCCGGGAUACCGAUGAACCUCAAACACCAUGCUGUCCGCUAUUCAUGUUCCCGUUCCGUAAAUAACGGUCCCUGUCUUGAAACAAUCUCGUGCACAAUGAUACCGAACGAGUAGACGUCACCCUUCGGCGUCCCGGCUGGGUCAUGGUGAGGAUCCCGAAGGAGCUCAGGGGCGGUCCACAGUAGUUCUGGGCGUAUAAAGUG